UUUGGUUCUAGAUUUUGAUUGCACAUAAACAUGGGUGGUUUGUGUUUAAGGGGUGCCAUCAUAUCAUAAUCUGAGAUUGUGAAUGAAAUAUUUUUCAUGGUUAGUGUUUAUUUGCGGAAAAAGAGGGAUUUGAAUUUGUUUGUGGUUGUGCAUCUUCUUACAAUACCCAGAUUUGGCUCCUAGUAACAAGUGUGACGUGUUUCAAUUGGGACUCUGAUGUAGACUUUGGAGGUUCCACUUCCAAGGAUGCUUUCAAUUAUCCCACAGUACCAUAUAGGAUUUCAGUGAUAGAGUGAGUGGAGUAAGGAUAUGAACAUGGAAGGAUCUUAUGAAGCAUCAUGCAAUGGAGAAACGGGUAACAGAAGCCUUCAGAUUAUUAAAUACUCUCCUUAUAAACCCUGCACCAUGAUAUCAUCACCAUGGUUUGAUCUAAGAGUGUUUUACGUGAGAGUGAGUGGCAUUCAGGUUGAUGAAUCCACCCCAGAGUUUCUCUCUCUCAGUCAUAUUCCUCUUAGUCCUGAUACCCUUUUAGAGGUGAAUGGUGUUAGGAGCAGCGUUUACUCUGAUGGAGAGUUUUCAAUUCUCAGAAGGGAUAGAGUGGAUAAGAAAUCUGAGGAAGCUACCUUUGUGAACACGGAUAGCAUACGUUUUACAGGGAGCAUGAAGUUUGAGGUUUAUGAUAAGGAGCAAUGCAUUCUCUCUGGGGUUCUGGAGAUGUCUAAUAGCAAUGGUUUUGUUGGAGAAUCAAGAGGUAAUGCGAAGAGAUCAUGGAGUAUGAGUUGCCAAACAAAAAUGGCACCUGGUUGUGGCUUCUUCAAGGGCAAACAUGUUGCUGUCCCUGACUUAACUGGUCCUGAAAUUGAGGUUUAUGUUGCUGGCUGCUUCUCAGGAACACCAAUAAUCUUAACUAAGACACUGCAACUCAAUUGCCGUAAGAAGCAUAAUAGGAAAUGUGCCUUGGAUGCCAUUCCAGAAUAUGAAACAACUGAAGGCCAGAAAGAUGAAUCUGAUCAUGGACUUGGUUUGGAGGUUGCUGACUACAGAACCUUCAAAAUGGAACAAGAAGGUGAUUACAACAUGUAUUGGAAAAAAACAGGGUAUGUAGAUGUGGAAGAUGGUGAAUUAUCAUGGUUUAAUGCUGGUGUAAGAGUUGGUGUUGGAAUCGGGCUUGGCAUCUGUGUAGGGGUUGGUAUAGGGGUUAGCUUGUUAGUACGCUCGUACCAAACAACUACUCGUAAUUUUAGAAGGAGGUUCAUAUAACCCCUUUUUAGUUUGAACUUAUAUGCUCUAUAGCUCAAAGGCAAGAAACUAUCAGUGGCAUUUUUUUUCGUUUUUUAAUACACUCUUUCCCCUUUCAUAAGCCUUGAAAGAAAUGUUCAUCUUUCAAAGGGUAUAGAUGCUAAAAUUUUGUAAUCAUCAUCGGAUCACAUCCAAUGCUUGAUUGUGUGGUUGAUUAUGUUGGUUGUAAGUAGCACGUAAAAGCGUCUUCAUGUAAAUGAUCAAAACAUUGUGCUGCCGAGAAUGGCUGAUGGUUUUUAAAUUUUAUUGUUGAAAAGGUAAGUUUUUAAA